AUGGCAACAAGGGGAAACUUUCAAGGUGGCGGUCGUGGACGUGGUGGACGAGGAGGUCCAAGUCGUGGAAUGGGGUUUCGCGGAGCGGGGUUUCGCGGGACAGGGGGUCGCGGAAUGAAUCGCGGAACAGCGAUUCGUGGAGGAGGUCGUGGAGCAGGUCGUGCAGGAAGGCCUAGAGGAGGUC